AGUCCCAGGCUCCACUGGCUCUGGCUGAGCUGAGCCAGUGAGUUCCUGAGACUGCCCAGGACCACAGGCUGCCGAGGCCCUGGCCCAUCAGGUCCCAGCCCUCUAGACAUGGCCCCAGGCCCCCUGGGUCGUCAGUCCUGUGGCCCCAAGGGGGUGCAGACAGCCUAGACGCCACCACGCCAGGGCCCGUGCCGUGCCCUUGACCUGGGCUCGGCCAGCCCCUGGCACCAAGUCCAUGGAGACAGUGCCCCCAGCUGUGGACCUGGUGCUGGGCGCCUCGGCCUGCUGCCUGGCUUGUGUCUUCACCAACCCCCUGGAGGUGGUAAAGACGCGGCUGCAGCUGCAAGGGGAGCUGCAGGCCCCGGGCACCUACCAGAGGCCCUACCGGGGCUUGGUGGCCUCGGUGGUUGCAGUGGCCCGUGCAGAUGGGCUGUGGGGCUUGCAGAAGGGGCUGGCCGCCGGCCUCCUCUACCAGGGCCUCAUGAACGGAGUCCGCUUCUACUGCUACAGCCUGGCGUGCCAGGUGGGCCUCACCCAGCAGCCGGGCGGCACCGUGGUGGCUGGGGCCGUGGCUGGGGCGCUAGGAGCCUUUGUGGGGAGCCCUGCUUACCUGGCACUGACCCGACCGGGCUCCGUCCCCAGCCCCUCACCUGCUGUGUCCUCGCAGGUCAAAACGCAGCUGCAGGCCCAGACGGUGGCCGCCAUGGCUGUGGGGCACCAGCACCAGCACGCGAGCGUCCUGGGUGCCCUAGAGACCAUCUGGAGGCAGCAAGGCCUGCUGGGGCUGUGGCGGGGCGUAGGCGGGGCCGUGCCCCGCGUCAUGGUGGGCUCGGCCGCCCAGCUGGCUACCUUCGCCUCUGCCAAGGCCUGGGUGCAGGAGCGACAGUGGCUCCCUGAGGACAGCUGGCUGGUGGCCCUGGCCGGGGGCAUGGUCAGCAGCAUAGCCGUGGUGGCUGUCAUGACCCCAUUCGACGUGGUCAGCACGCGGCUAUACAAUCAGCCGGUGGAUGGGGCUGGCAAGGGCCAGCUGUACAGGGGCCUCGCCGACUGCCUGCUGAAGAUCUGGCGGCAGGAGGGCCCCCUGGCGCUCUACAAGGGGCUGGGCCCCGCCUACCUGCGCCUGGGCCCCCACACCAUCCUCAGCUUGCUCUUCUGGGAUGAGCUCCGCAAGGUGGCCCUGCAGGUCCAGCACCAGCGCGCCUAGGGGGCCCGGAAGGACCGCCCACGCCAGCAGGACUGGCUGUCCCCCGCCGGCCACAGCCCCGCCAGGCCCACCAGCUCUGGGCGCUGCCUUGUGUGCGCUGGGUCUCCACUCCCCAGAGCCUGGCCCAGUGUUAGAAUCACUGCGGCAGGUGUGAGAGUCUCCCCGGCGGGGCAACACAGGGACAUCCGUGGGUCUGGCCCUGAAACGCGAUGACGCCUAAGAUCCUUUGCCCCAAGCCAGCUGAGGCCCGGGGUGGGCGUGGGGGAGGGUGACGCUGCUCUGACCAAAGCCACAUGGCUCUGAGCGCCAGAGACCGGGCUGGGAUUCAGCUCUCGCCACCCUGGAGCUGCACCCUUGGCAAUGACUCUGGGGGCCAGGAUGACGGCAGCUGCAGCACGGGGCUGGGCCUCACCACCCGUCUGGUGUGGACGCCACCCGUCUGGUUGGUGUGGACGGUGGACAGUUCUCACUCUCUGGAGGCGGGAAGUCCAAGUGCGGGGCUUCAGCAGGGUUGGCGUCCCUGGGCGUGGAGAUGCCGCCUCCUCCCGGAAGCACCUGUCCCCAGUCCCGUGGGUCAGACGAGGGUCCUCCUGCUGACCCUGCCUACCCUCUCAGCGCUCCUGUCUCUGUGCAGACCCAGCCGGGGAGGGGCUGGGCCUCUCACACAGGACCGCACAGGCCGGCCCAUACGCGGGCAGCCAGGGCUCUGAUUGAGGUGGCCAGCACCGUGGGCCUUUGCCCAAGGCCAGAAGACGGGCCCAGCGAAGCAGGUGGCCUGCCCGGGCGGGCUGCAGGGCAGGGCUGGCACUCGGGCCAUAGAGGCCCUAGGCUCUUCUCGGGAUGGCCACGUUCGUGCCACGGGUGUGCUCGGGAGGCCCGCC